GUAUACACCAGUACACUUUUCAUUCUAUGGUGUGUCAAGGUAGUCGCGAGAACGAGGCUGAACAUUUUGACGAGUAAACAAAUCAAAUUCUAUUUAUUCAUUUUAAUCCUAACUGAAGCCAUUACGUAUGUCAUCAAGUGGUUAAAUAUAGAGAUCCAUACACAAAUAUAAUUUAUCAAAUCACACUCCUUUCAAAGAUGUAUGGGACAACAAUUUUUGUGACAGGAGGAGCAGGAUAUGUUGGAUCUCACACAGUGUUGGUGUUAUUAAAUGCUGGUUAUGAAGUAGUCGUAGUGGACAAUCUUAUUAAUGCUGUACCUGGUAAAGAUGGUUUCUUGCCUGAAAGUUUAAGAAGGGUACAAGAGUUAACAGGAAAAUCUCUGACAUUCUAUAAAGUGGACUUGUUGGAUAAAGAAGGUCUGGAAAACAUCUUUUGUAAGCAUAAACUUGAAUAUGUCAUUCACUUUGCUGCUCUAAAGGCUGUUGGGGAGUCCUGCCAAAUUCCACUGGAUUACUACCAUAAUAAUAUUAAUGGGACAAUCAGUUUACUAGAGGUGAUGAAGAAGUUCAAUGUUAAGAAGAUUAUUUUCUCCAGCUCAGCUACAGUAUAUGGCGUUCCUCAGUAUCUUCCACUAGAUGAAAAACAUCCAGUAGGAACAAACUGUACCAAUCCGUAUGGUAGAACCAAGUAUUUUAUUGAAGAAGUUUUGAGAGACAUUUCUGUUGCUGAAAAGAGAUGGAACAUUAUUCUUCUGAGAUAUUUUAAUCCAGUUGGGGCACAUGAUUCUGGCCAAAUUGGUGAAGACCCACAAGGAAUUCCUAACAAUCUGAUGCCAUAUAUCUCUCAGGUUGCUGUUGGACGACGUCAUGAAGUACAAGUAUUUGGAAAAGAUUUCAGAACCCCUGAUGGUACAGGAAUGAGGGAUUAUAUACAUGUACUAGACCUAGCAGAAGGUCAUGUGGCUGCUUUGAAAAAACUUGAUGAAAUAAAAGGAUGUAUGGUUUCAGAAGUUAUUAAUAUAAUACUCUUUAAUUAUCUUCAUAUCGCAAUACACAAUCACAAUAUUAAAUGUAAGCAUAUUAAUAACUUCUCUAGUUUAACAAUUCACUUAUUAGCAAAAAUCUUCAAUUUAUCUUGUGUAAACUUUCUGCCAAUAAUCAGUUAACACAUUAUAAAUCUUUCUUACUAUUACUACGUUGAUUGAAGCUUGAGAGUCAGAAAAUUCUACUUACAACAUAGUUGGCGAGGUGUACCGUUGCAGAUUGAAUACUUUCAACAUCAUCUAAGAGCAACUGAUGGUGUUCAUGAGCACUUAGUAAGAACUCAUGGGGAGACUGAUUUUCUGCCUCAAAUAUGAGUUUUUAAACAAUUUUUCCUUUGUGUUCUUAUGAAUUCCCAACUAGUAUGCAGCACCACCCGCAAGUAGUUCUCACACCUUAUUGGUUAAUUCUUAUAAUACAUUGGACUGUUCCAAAACCAUAACCCUCAAGUGAUUGGUUACUGAUAUGGUGCCUUCUUACUUGUGUUAGUACACCAGCAUCAUGUAAGGAAUAUAUCAUCAAAGUACUGCUUUUGCGGGUUAACUUCAACUUUUUUGUAACCUCCACAGUACUAAUGAGUUGGCGUCAGUAAUUAAUCACCAUCAGUCACUGGUGCUGGUGCAUAUACUUUGUUGCUAGGCAAUAGCUUCAUUUUUUAUAACUCUUUUGUAACUUAUGAUUUUCAAUACCACUACUCUCUAGCAUUCUUGACUUAGAAUGUUUUUAACUCGCACUCUCAAAAGCCUCUAGCUGGCGAUCUAGUCUACUUAUACUUCAUUUAUUUAUCGACCUAGUUUCACAACAACAGUGUCAUUUCUUAUGCUUUUUUUUUUAUAUACACAUGUAUUGCAUUUUACAUU